UUUACUAACAGCAAAUUCCUGUCUUGUGGAGUCGAAGUGAAUACAAGAAAAGGAUCUCUUUGCCUCAAUGUGUGUGACAGAGGAGUCUGGUGUUUUCCACUGUCAAACGCAUACCAGAUGACCAUCCUUGUGCCAAACCUGAUUCAGAGCAAAGUUAAGCUGCAGGUAAAGUGUCUGUGCGUGCUUAUGUUCCUGAGCUUCCCUCUGACUAUGGCUGAGGUCCCUGGUCCAUGCAGACACUCCAUCACUAGGGAGCACCUGCUGACAGUCAGGCACCUGAUGGAUAACCAGUUGAGGAGUGGAUGCUCAAUAACCUACACAUUCAUAGAACGGAGAAGUUUGAGUAAAUGCUGCUUUGUAAAAGCUGCUUUACCCUGGAUCCUGGAGCUCCUCACCACCCACUUCAAAUAUAGCAGGGGCUCAGUCAAUGACGGCUACGUUCAGUCCCUGAGAGCUCUCAUCCUCAACAUUUACUCUCAGAAAUGUGUGCCUCAGAUUAAUGAGGAGGUAGAGGACAAGCCAGAGAAUUUUGAGAUGCCCUUCACCGGGUCUCCUUCAGAAGCUCUGCAGAGGGCUUUAGAUGUGCUGUCGGUGUACUGGGAGCUUGUGGCGACUAGUGACGCCCCGGUGGACUGGAGGUGCCAGAGGGAAUACACAGAAGCAUUUGCUUCCACGACAGAAUUCUCAACAAACCCACCCACGGAAGACUUUACAGACAGAGUUGGAAGAAACUCGAUGAAAGCCCCUCAGAGAAGUCUAGAGAGGGACCUGUACAAGCUCGGCUUCAUCUUCACUUCCGUCAGUGGUGGACUGCUGUUCAUAUUUACUCUCUACUGUCUCAUCACGCAAAAGAAAACCAACAUGCCUCACAGAUCAAGGUCAUAUAUGAGCUCAAGCAGAGACCUUCAGGACAUAGAACUGGAGGCACAAUAA